AUGGUACACGUUCCAAAACAAACAAAAAUUAAAAUUUACAAAUAAUUAUUAAACGAUGGAGUUUUUGUUUUAAAAAAAGAUUUUUAAGGAAACCACGAAGAAACAAAUGUGCCAAACCUCCACUGCUAUAUUUUAUUAAGAUCAUUAAAAGAUAGAGGUUUAAUGGAGGAAGUAUAUAAUUGGGGAUUCACUUAUCUUUAUUUAAAUCUUAAAGGAUGUGAAUAUUUGAAGGAAAAACUCGGAAUUUCUGCCGAUAAUGUCAUUCCUAAUACUUUUAAAGCAUCAAAAUAAAAUUAUAUUUCUAGAGAAGAAGAUGAUGAAGAAGGAAAAGCAAGAAGAAGAAUGGGAGGUGCAGGUCCUCGUGGAGGAAAUAGAGGUGAAGGUGGAAGAAGAGGAUAUGGAUAGGGUGGAAGAAGAAGAAAUGAUGAAGAAUAAGUAUAAGAAUAAUAAAAUGAAUAAUAAUAAGAAUAAUAACAAACUGCUUAAUGAUAUUAAUUAUUUUAAUUUUUUUUUUUAUUUAAUAAAAAAAAAAAUUAAAAAAAUUUGUUUAUUCAUUUCAUAUUAUUUUAUAAAAAAUAUUUCUAUUUAAAUAUUAAAUAUAU